UGUGUUGGCACGAUGACUGUACCUCCUCCCCCUUCCCACCUAGGAAAAAAUCGAGUCGGCCUUGUUCCAGCGUCUUGGCUGUGAGAGGAGGGAAGUGGAGGGAGAAGGGAGGAAGAGGAGGGAGUGGGACGAGGGAGGAGGCAAAAAGGCCCACGGGGACUGCGCGGUCCUAGCCCUCAGUGCACCCUUUCUCGUCAUGCCGCGUCGCCGCUCACUGGCAGCACCAGCUUGCUGCCGUACCACUUGCUCUUCGCAUAAUAGUAAAAGAAAUCGCAAUACAGGCCCGUCUGAACGAGCCCCCCGAUCCAUCCGACCACGUUGACGUAGUCCUCUGCGAAAUACCGGUAUAUCCAAUUGAGAAUGUAGAAGAACCGGUAGGCGCCCAGGGUCCCCACAAAGUCCGCCGUGAGGUUCUCGACCUCGCGCGCCUGCUGGAGGAGGACCAGCUGUGGCAGCAGUGACACGCUCUCGAGCCAGAUGGACGUGGACCACAGGAUGUCUGGUAUCGUGUACUCCUCCCAAGGUGCAAAGCAGGCCAAUCACGAAGCACGGCCCGAGAACGUAGAGCUCGUACUGAAAUGAGUCAGUGCUCCGCUCGUACGUCUGGGAGAUCGGCACCUUGUACCGCAUGAGGUAGACUAGGUAAAGUGUCGUCGUAAUGAAAACCAGUUUCAUCGUUGUGUUGUAAAGCGAUAUGUAGCUCCAAAACAAAUCCAAGUACCGGAAAAUGAAGACCAUCGCGUACAUCUCCUGCAUUCGGCACGAAACUCCGACGCAGCUCUUGCUUCUGUGCAGUUUGAAAACCAGCAGCAUGAUGCUCGUCAGGUGAAGCAUGUCACCACUGAGUCGGAAGAUGUUCAUCUUCUGAAGCGGAUGAGCGCAACUAAUCGCAUGGUCGUCUGGAAACCCUCAGGGCAAAGGGGCGCAGGAAGUAAGUAAACAGCACCCCCAGGGGAAACAAGCAAAUCUGCCAGAUCGAGGCUCGCUAUCCGCUCCUGGCCUGGGGGACUUUCUGGACGCCCACUGGGGUCCACAGAGCAAAGUGAUUCUUGGCAUGGGCUUCCACUGUACCAUGGAGCAUUUCCGCAAAACCUAACAACCCUGACCCGUCGGGCGGAGAAAUAGCACACCAUCGGAUGUCCAGGUCCGCCCCUCGCCCACAGGUCGCCUCCCUGGGAGGGCGGGGCUCCGCUCUCCGAAUGGGCCUGGUUGCACCUGCAGGGCUGCGACGAGAAGGAAAAGGAGGAGGAGACGAGGAGGAGGACGAGGACGAGGGCGAGGGCGCCCUGUGCACAGAAGCUGCGCCGUUGGGAUCCCAGGGCGCGCGCGGCGCCCGGCGCGCAGGCCCCGCGCGGGGCAGGUUGCCCGCGCGGCGCAGGGGCCCUGCGCGGCGCGAGGGGCCCUCUGCGCAGAAGAACAACAGGCCGAUCGGCAGGGACAUGCGGUGGAGGCUCAAAAACAGCUGCUCGAAGGCCCCAAAGGGGCCCGUGUGAGCAAAGAACUCUUUCUGCGGGCCGAGCCCUAGCCGCCCACGCGGGGGCCCGCCGCAGCCACCCGCUCACCUCGCGCCGCCAGGCCCCUGGCCCGCGCCUGCGCCAGGUCGCAGAACCCGUACGCGCGAGCCACGGCAUCGAGGGGCGGCCGGUGAAGGCAUUGGAAAAGGAACCACUGGAUAAAGAACCCAGGGUCUGGAAGCCCACGG